GAUGUCUCCCGUGUGUCUAUCGCCCUGAGGUUCUUCUCGAGAGAUGUUUGGCGUUCUGUAGCCUGCCGGGUUAAAUGGCUUGAAGGGUUUCCUUGGAAACGUGUGUGGGGACGGAGAUAUGCGAUUAAGAGGGUGGACGAUAGGAGUGACAAGCGGGGUAAGUGUCUGAAUGACCAGUUUCUCUGCUCUGCUAUUAUGAUCAUUAUUCUGUGGGAUAUUUGAACGACUCGGUCCUGGGUUCUGGGAAGUUUCUGCCGCACGGAGGCGCUACUGACCAAAGGAGAGAUCCGCAAGAAAGGGAGGGACGCUGAGGGAGAGGGAGACACGGGAGAGUAAUGCAAUAACAGGGAUCGGAGUUAACUCCCAAUUAUAUGAUAAAAAGAGAGGGAGGUGUGCAGGACAAAAGAAGAAGCUGGCCACAUCGGAGAGGAAGCAGAGUUUUCGGCAGUUAAUCCGAAAGUCGCCUAAUUGGUUGUGAACAGCGAGAGACCGAUAUGAACAUGCGAUUGUAGAGCUGCUCUCAGAAGUCCGCCAAAGUUGUACCGGGAAGCGAUCGUCCGGGGUAUAACCAUACUGAUUGACUAGGGGAGCACUGCCCACCCCGUUCGUUGGGCAUCCUGGAAGUCGGCAGCAGAAUCUGAUCGGUGCGGAGGCGUAUCUUGUGCGCUAGACUUCGACGUUCCUCAUCAUCAAUGGUGGUGAAGGAAAUUGCCCAUUGGUCGUGCAAGGAGAAGCGGGGCAGGCAUCAGAACGAAGGCUUUCGAACAACGGGCGAGCAUUUACGCGCGUGAUUGUUGUACGGUCGAUUUAUGUAUGGGAGGUUGGUCGGGCGGGGUCGUGGUGGAUCGUGAGCGUCUGUUUGAUGCCGAUUGAUUGAUCGAUUUAAGUCAAUGAGAAUCUGAUUCAAACUCGUUAUCGUAGGUCGACGCUUGAGAGAGACGAGAGGCUGUCUGGUCUUCUUGUGUAGGCGACACGCAAGAGCAGAACAGUCUGCGCAGGCUUUAAACGAACGACUCCGAUCGCUAAGCAGUGAUGGCGAAGGCGUGUGUGGCUGCCCCUGUGGCAGGGACCGUAACUGUGACGGAGGAUCUUCAGACGACUGAAGGGGGCGAACAGCCGCAGGCGCCGGUGGUAGUCGGCAGAGGGAAGGCGGUUGGGCCGACCAGCAGCGUUCAUGAGCUCUUGGAAUGUCCUGUUUGUACCAACUCCAUGUUUCCGCCGAUCCACCAGUGUCCAAACGGCCACACGUUGUGCUCGCACUGCAAGAUGCGCGUCCAUAAUCGGUGCCCGACUUGUCGGUACGAAUUGGGGAAUAUUCGAUGCUUAGCUCUGGAAAAAGUGGCGGAGUCGUUGGAGUUGCCCUGCAGGUAUAUGAGUUUGGGAUGCACUCACACGCUCCCCUAUUACAGCAAGUUAAGGCAUGAAGCGGGAUGCAACUUCCGGCCGUACAACUGCCCAUACGCGGGGUCGGAGUGCUCUGUGACGGGCGACAUUCCGUUCCUCGUCGCACAUCUGCGAGAUGAUCACAAGGUGGAUAUGCACAGCGGGUCAACGUUCAAUCACAGGUACGUCAAGUCGAAUCCGUCGGAGGUGGAGAACGCAACGUGGAUGCUGACAGUGUUCAGCUGUUUCGGGCAGCACUUUUGUCUGCACUUCGAGGCGUUCCAGUUAGGAGUGGCGCCGGUGUACAUGGCGUUCUUGAGGUUCAUGGGAAGCGAAGAGGACGCGAAGAACUACAGCUAUAGCCUGGAAGUUGGGGCAAAUGGACGUAAGCUGACUUGGCAAGGGGUUCCCAGGAGCAUUAGGGACAGCCAUAGGAAGGUGCGGGAUAGCUGUGAUGGACUGAUCAUUCAGCGGAAUAUCGCUCUUUUCUUCUCGGGGGGGGACAAGAAAGAGCUGAAGCUUCGCGUGACAGGGAAGAUCUGGAAGGAGGAGUGAAUCGGGGGGGGGGUGUUAUGUCCGUCGUAGGUCGUUUUAUUUUAUUCUUUCGCAGAUGAGAUGUACGGCAUUUCAUUCUUCUCUUUGGAAGCGAGGGAGGCGAGGAGGUACAAACGCGGGGGGUGUGGGUCAGCAUGUGAGAGAGAGAGAGAGAGAGAGUGACGGGAUUGUGUCGAAAUUGUAGAGUGGAUGGUCUCGCUGCGUGUGCUUGUAGAGCAAGGAUUAACUUAAUCGGAUGGGGUGGAUUUUUGCAUUGCCGGCGGACGUGGUCUCUGUACCAACUGAUGCCGGAAAUAUUUACUGUGGUGUUGUUGAUGGCGAGGGCUCGGCAGCGGAGGCUUUUGGCGGGAGGUCCCUACGACGUCUCGAUGUUUAUUGACGAUGACUUAUGUUGUGAAGUGCUAGGUGACUCGACCUUCUUGUCUAUUGUUACUGGAAAAGUGCAUGUCGUGAUGAGCAGGCGGCAGGCCCAAUGUGGGUAGAUCUUGGAACGAAGUCGGUGCGCAGCUGUAGAGGUUAACGGCGGUUACUUGUUCAAGCGCGCGUCGUGUGGUGGAUGAGGGAGUGUUCGGGUAUCCGCGCAUACGUUGUGAUAAGAAACUGCGUGCGUAGUCGAUCGCACUCUCGGCCGUCGAUCUUGGGGACGUGCCAAGGAGGUUCUUGAGAUGCUAUGGACUA